AGCAAGUGGACAAUUGAAAGAGUUCAGGGGGUGCUGCAGAGUCUGGGCAGAGUCCAGAGCUCCUCUGGAGGCAAGGACCAAAAUGCCCCUGGUCGCCCUUUAAGUGCCAUCAGUGAGCAGGUGACAAGAAGGAAACUCGACCAACCAUGCUGACCACCGUGCUAAAACGCAAUCGCCUCCGGAUGGCGAGAGCCAAGUGCUGCGAAUGUGGAGCUUUGCUUUCCCAUCAGUACUACGAGAAGGAUGGUCGUCUCUACUGCAAAAAGGAUUACUGGGCCCACUUUGGGGAACUGUGCCAUGGCUGCUCAGAGCAGAUCACCAAAGGGCUUGUCAUGGUGGCUGGGGAGCAAAAAUAUCACCCUGAAUGCUUCAGCUGCCUGAACUGCCAGGUGUUCAUUGGCGAUGGAGAUACUUACGCGCUGGUGGAACGAUCCAAGCUGUACUGUGGGCACUGUUAUUACCAGAUGGUGGUGACACCCGUGAUGGAUCAGCUGCUUCCAGAAUCUCCCGGCACCCGGAUUCCACACACGGUUACCCUGGUGUCUAUUCCAGCGUGUUCCGAAAGCAAGAGAGGGUUUUCCGUCUCCAUUGACAAGCAUGGAGGUUCUGAGCACCCACACACUGUGCGAGUUCGUGAAUUAGACCCAGACUGCAUAAGCCCCGAUAUGAAGAAUUCCAUCCAUGUUGGCGACCGCAUUCUGGAAAUCAAUGGCACACCAAUUCGUCAUGUCCCGCUGGAUGAGAUCGAUCUUCUAAUCCAAGAGACCAGUCGCCUGUUGCAGCUGACCAUUGAACACGACCCUCAUGAGAUCAUUGAAAGCAGCCCUCUCUCAGAGCUGCGCAGUCCCCUGCAUUCGCCCAGCCACACACCUUGCCCAGACCCUUCAGCCAUUCGCCAGCGCUCUGUCAUGAGGAGCUGUAGCAUUGAUAAGUCACCUUGUUCCAGCUCUCUGGGCUCCCCAUCCUCCCAAAGGAAAGAUAUUGGUCGCUCAGAAUCACUACGUGUUGUCUCCCGUCUUCAUCGCAUCUUCCGCCCCUCGGAUCUCAUUCAUGGCGAGGUGUUGGGCAAGGGCUGCUUCGGGCAAGCCAUUAAGGUGACCCAUCGGGAAACUGGAGAAGUGAUGGUCAUGAAGGAACUUAUCCGUUUUGAUGAGGAGACCCAAAGAACAUUUCUUAAAGAGGUGAAGGUAAUGCGCUGCCUGGAACAUCCUAAUGUGCUGAGGUUUAUUGGAGUCCUCUACAAAGACAAGAGGCUGAACUUCAUCACAGAGUACAUCAAGGGAGGCACCCUUCGUGGGCUCAUUAAGAGCAUGGAUAGUCAGUAUCCUUGGAGCCAGCGGGUCAGUUUUGCAAAAGACAUCGCUUCAGGGAUGGCUUAUCUCCAUUCUAUGAAUAUCAUUCACAGGGACCUCAAUACACACAACUGCCUUGUGCGAGAAAACAAAAGUGUGGUAGUGGCCGAUUUUGGCCUUGCUCGGCUGAUGGUGGAUGAGAAAAACCAGCUAGCAAACUUGAAGAAACCUGACCGAAGGAAACGGUACACUGUGGUGGGCAACCCUUACUGGAUGGCUCCCGAGAUGAUCAAUGGGAGAAGUUAUGAUGAGAAAGUGGACCUCUUCUCUUUUGGCAUCAUCCUUUGUGAGAUUAUUGGAAGAGUCAGCGCUGACCCUGAUUACCUGCCUCGAACCUUGGAUUUUGGCCUCAAUGUGCGAGGCUUCCUGGACCGCUACUGUCCUCCCAGUUGUCCUCCUAGCUUCUUUCCUAUCGCUGUUUGUUGCUGUGAUUUGGAUCCUGAGAAACGGCCUUCCUUCAGUCGAUUGGAGCAGUGGCUAGAAGCUCUCCGCAUGCACUUGGCUAUGCAACUUCCCCUGAGUCCACAGCUGGAGCAAUUGGACCGGGCCUUCUGGGAGACACACCGGCGAGCUGAGAGUGGACUGUGUGCACAUGUUGAAGUGUCUGAAUGAGUACAGCAGGGGCAGGCAAGCAGCCCCAAGCCUGCAUGUCUCUGUAUGAGCUGGGCUGAAGAAAAGCUUCUCUUGCUGAGUCCUGCCACCAGCCGCACGCAGCUCACCAGCGAGGAGCUGGUUUUUGAAAAAAAAAAAAAAACCCACUGGGAGCUGGUUCUCCCUGCUUCCUUCCUUGUGGGAUGAGUUCUGUGCCUGGCUUGCACAGAGAUGGUCUGGGGCAGCCUGGGUUCUUGUAAAUACUCCUUGUGAAUACGUCCUUCUCCUUGCGCAUCCCACAAAGUGGAGGAGAAGUGAGGGAUCCUUGACUUUCUCCUUUCGCGUUUUGUGGUUGCAAAAAGCUUUGCACGCCCCACUGAGCACAUAAGCUUCUGUCAUCAGCUGGCAGCUACUCACAAGCUGGCAUUAAGGUGGGGGCUGCUACCCUGUCCCCCAAAUACACCUCUACAGAUCCUCUUUAAAAACCUUUGUCCUAUCAAGUGGUGCCUUGGGUUUAUGUGGACUUGCGUACUUGGAUUCUCGAGCCCCACUUCGUUGUUCUGCGAAUAGGCCACAGGGUUCUAUGCGUGUGUUUAGCAUGUGCUUAGCCUUUCCUUGGAAGUUGCAAGACUGAGAGAUCUGUGCAGAUGUUUGGUCUCUGUUCCCUGGAGCCAGUGUCUUGACUACAUUCACACAACAUGUUUUGCCCAGUCGGUUGAAGAUUGCAUUUGCACAAUAUAUUGAGCUUAUUGUUACUCUUAACCUUGGUUAGGAUUUUAUUUUAUUUUUUGUAUAGCUUAGCAUGUUAUGCAAACCCAGCCUAUUUGAUUCAUUUGAAGUUGAUAUAUCAUGCAAAUCCACACACACACACACAAAUAGCUCAAUCCGGUAACCAGGUGAAAUGUGUUAUGUGAAUGUAGCUCUGUCAAUACCCAUGUGUGCUGUGUGCAUGUUUCACUGUGUGCACACCUUAGCUUCUUCCUUCUGUUCCAACCAUGUUUGGCAGAAGUACAUAAAGUCCAAAGCUGCUUUUUUUUGGUGAAAAACUAUUUCCUAAGUAGGCAGUUUGCCCCAGAGAGAAGCUAUGUAAGAUAGAGCUGAAACUGUCUCCACUUAGCUCUGCUCCAAAUUACCACCGUUUUUAAACUGCUUGCCUACUCUGGAGAUCCAAAUGUGUGUUAAGAUUUUGUUGCAAGAUUUAAUGUAGGUGUGCACAUGCACACACCCAUGUGCUGUUAAGCCCUUGAAAAAGCAGUCUGGAUUUCUAGAAGGACAGGAAGAGAAGGAAACAACUAAGUCACCCUUCUAAAGGGAGAUAUUUGCACAUCGCUUGAAAAUCCAGCCAACUCUUUCCAGGUUCAGGAUAGAACCAAGGGAUGUACACUCAUCCCAGCCUUCCUCAGACUAGUACCAGGCAGAUUUAUUUUUCACUACAACUCCCAGAACUCCUCAGGCAACAUGGCUUUCAGAACUGUGCAACUCCCAGAAUUCUUAGCCGGUGGUCUGGAGGCCAGACGAACAAAGGAAUUCCGGGAGUUGCAGUUCCAACCCAUCUGGAAAGUAUUAGAUUGGAGAAGAAUGAGCCAAUCUAUGCAGCAGGAUCAACAAUAAGAUAGCAUUAUUUGGACCCUCAUCUGGAAAUGGGCAGCAAGUAUUUUCCAUCUGGGUGAUCAGCAUAGCAGAAAGGAGCCUUCAGAGGAAGACCAGCUAAAUUCAUCUUAUCCAAGGAUCCUCACAACUUAAAGAGAUAUUUUUUGACUUACCCUUAUGGGUUGUGGGGGUACAUGACUAAAUGACGUCUUGUGCCAAAAAAAUUCCCCCUGCGUAUUAAAACCCUAUAUGUCAUAGGCAGGAGAACAGAUCCUGCUUUUUCCUUAUCUCUCAAGCUUUUUGUGGACAUGAAGGAGCCACUCAAAUCUGCUAUUUGGAAAAAGGCACAUUCCUGUAUUAUUUAGUGUAACACGAGGAGAUUGACUUGAUUGUCUUUAGAAGGCAAAAAAUGGAGCUUUUUCAGUUCCUGAGAGUGCAUUUGUAAGUACCUGAACCAUGAAAGACUUCCUGGGUUUUCAAUACUAACAGUGUGGGUGGCCAUUGGGAAAAAAAUAGACCAUUUUCUCUCCUGGUAUUCUAGCACCCAGGACAAACAUGGGUUGUGCAACCCAAGUACAAGAAGGUCAGGCAGGAAGACUUGAAGGAGUUUAGCCAUGCCAGCUGAGAAAUCCCUAGGGACAACCUACCUCUGAUUAUUAGUGCUGGUAAGAAAAGGCAGGUCUAGAUAUCAGUUUCUGGGCUUCUGAUUGUCUGGUUAGCUGCUGAGGGAGACAACGUGGAUCCUCUUAAACUCUUCCCAGUGGGCUCCUGUUCUUUUCAAGGGAACACCAGCAUCUUUUUCAUUUUAAUUGAAGGCCACGUUACAGUUACAGUUGGGUUUUUUUUAGGAGGAGGGAAAGAAAACAUUCUUUGCAAUCUCAAAAUGAAUUCCCUCCAUAGACUUGUGAUCCAGCUUUGUUAAGUCACUAUGUGCCAAACUUGCAUACAGACAUCUUGGCUUUUUUUUAAAAAAAAAGGUAAAUUUCCUGGAUCUUCUCGCUUAGAAAUGGGGAAAGUUAACAAUGGUGGUCUGAAAUUCUGCAAAUGCAGAAGUAGGAAGCAGUUCUCCUCAAUCCAUGGUGCAUGUGUAACUGUGCCGCUUCUAUGUCCUGAACUACAUGGAAUUGGAAGCAGUUGUUACAGUAUGUGGAGUGCCCCUAGAUUAUUAAAUGAACCACAAGGAACCAUAAGGACUAAAUCUAACAUGAAUUUGAAACACAGGUUCUUGUAGUUACCUAUUUCUUCUCUUCUCACUUUCCUGUCGCAAACUGAAAGUUAUGUAUAACAUUCACUGUAUGAUUUGAAGGAUUUGAGGAAAUAGCACAAAACUCUGACCUGAGGAGAAAUUUCAAGUAUAUCUGAUUUUUUUUUAACAAAACCUGCCCAGUAUCUAAGUUCAUUCUUCAAAGAGUCAAGAUGAAAUGAAGACUCCCUAUUUAAGAAUAGCAUACCUCAACUCUGUGUAUUAGAUUUGGAGAAAAACUUUGUUAAAUUUUGAUUUUGCAUAUUUUUGAAGCUUCCAGACUGAUACAUCAUUUUAUAAACAUCUGUUAGAAAAGGCGAAUGCUCAUAUUUUUUGUGAAAGUGCAUUUCAUGUUUGAUGCAAAAGAUGACAGACCUUGCGUAUUUUAUGAAUGAUCUUCAGAGGUAUAGUAUAAGCAAGUAUCUCUGCUCCAUUGGCACCUCUAUGUACAUCUAUAGAAAUUAAGUGUUUUUCUCGAAUUUUGACAGCCACUUAAAACUGUGCCCCAGAGUGUGGAUGUUGCAUUUAUAUUUGUGUGGGGACCAUGACACUGAGCCUGAUGUGGUCUCUCCCAACUAUGGCUGUGCGUAAGAGACACUCUUCUCAUGCAGAAGAUCUGGUGGUUCUAUCAAGAAAGAAGAGACGCUGGAGGUCUGCAGUAAAGGGUAAAAGAGGAAUCUGUUUCCCCCAGACUCAAUGUAUCUCUUGGAUAAGAGAGUCCCUUUGUUAUCUGAUGGCCUAAAAGCCAUUUAGAAGUUCUGACUUCUAAAUUAAUGCCUGCAAUCUUGGUUUUGGACCAUAUUUGACUGUCAUAGACAUUAUCUUGUCAUAGACAGUGACAAGGAGUUUGGUUUCCAUCUUCCAUGUGUUUUCCAUGCUGUUCCCCUAAUUGUUUUACACUCUUCAGGUGCUGCUGAUUGCAGCCAGCAGGUGGGCAGUUUUCCUGAGUCAGGCAGCUCUUCCACAUGACUCUGGCACACUUGGGGUUGUGUAGUCCCUGUCGUUCCUGCCACUCAGGGUCAUUGCUCUGUAACAUAACUGAAGAGAAGAGCUUGUAUUAUUUGUUCACCAGUCAACCUUGGUGAAUUGGGGAAUUUAUCAUAUCAGUCUGCCUCAGUUGUCUUUAGAAGUGUUAAGGGAAGGAAAAGGAACAUGAAUUAGACAAAGACUGUGAAAUAUUUAUUCGCACUUUGAAAAUGAAAUGUGAUGCCCUCUGAUGACAAUGAUCAGAAUUCACAAAACUGUGAUGUAAAAUUAAUUUACAUGGAAAUAAUA